UUUGACAGUUCGCUUAAGCUUCGAUUCUCAACUCGAUGUAUGUUUUGAUAUUCGAUAUGAAAAAGUGUUGUUUUCAUUUCCAAUAAAACUAGCAAAUUACUCUUAGAAUUUCCGGGAUAAAGUGAACGUUGAAUUUCGGAUAAAUCAGCAUCUUCCGUGUCGACCAUGCCUGGCGACGACAUUCAUGAGCCGGAUACUCCGGCUACCCAGCGACUUACGAACGAUGAUUUUCGUAAACUGUUAAUGACACCGAGAGCCCCGAGUGGCUCCGGCCAUGCCGCAGGAACUGUGCGUGAUGCUAUGGCCAAAUCAUCGACGGCAGCCGCAUCAUCAUCUAUAAUGAAACCACCCUCCACAGAGCGGCACGAAGCACGUCGGAAGAAGAAAAACUUUUAUGCCCAGCUUAAGAAACAGGAGGACAAUAAGCUUGCAGAAUUAGCCGAAAAGUAUCGUGAUCGGGCCAGAGAGCGACGCGAUGGAGCCAACCCAGACUAUCAGAAUCUUGAUCCGUCUAACUCGACCAGUGGUUAUAGGGCGGUUGCACCGGAUAUAAAAUCAGGAUUAGAUGCCGCGGAACGUCGGCGCCAGCAAAUUCAAGAGUCGAAAUUUUUGGGUGGUGAUAUGGAGCAUACGCAUUUGGUAAAAGGGCUUGAUUAUGCACUGCUGCAGAAGGUUCGAAGCGAAAUAGUUGCUAAAGAGCAAGAGCUAGAUGAAGAAAUCGACAAACUGGCAGAUUUACCGGCAGAAGCACCCGUGAAGCAACCAGUUAGUGAGAAGGAAGUGCAAAAGAGUGAUGAUAUUGAGUUUCGUACUGCGAUGGGAAAAAAUGUAUUUCGGAUUUUGGAAAUUCAAAGAUCACGCCAUGUCGAACGUAACGAAAUGUUUGCACCGGGUCGCAUGGCCUAUCAUAUUGAGCUGGAGGAUGAAAACGCAGAGACGGAUAUUCCGACUACGGUAAUUCGUUCGAAGGCCGAAGUUCCUCUGGUGGCAGGAGACACUCAAACAUUGACAACCAAUGACAUAGUCAUCAAUAAACUAGCACAAAUUUUAUCCUAUUUACGACAGGGUGGUCGUGGAAAGAAAAAUAAGCGCAGGGACAAAGAUAAACCACUUUUCAAGCUGCCAGAUGAUAAACAUAUGGAUGAUUCCAUCUAUGGAGAUAUUGGCGAAUAUAAACCAACACGCCGUUAUGAUCAGGGAGCUUCCUCAUCAAAGGCUGAUGACGGACAAGAGAAACACAGAUACUUUGAUAAACCGAGUGAGCAGGAAGAGCGGGAAGCUGCUUCUAUGCAAAUUCCUGUACCACCAAAAAUAUCCGCACAUUUAAUUACAAAGCUGACAGCCGAACCAGAGGGCUAUGCUGAAUGUUAUCCUGGUUUACAAGAAAUGAAUGACGCUAUCGACGAUUCCGAUGAUGAAGUUGACUACACCAAAAUGGAUCUGGGUAAUAAGAAGGGACCAAUUGGACGAUGGGAUUUCGAUACGCAAGAGGAAUAUUCAGACUAUAUGAGCAGUAAGGAGGCUCUUCCAAAAGCGGCUUUCCAGUAUGGUGUAAAGAUGCAGGAUGGGCGUAAGACGCGCAAGCAUAAAACAGAAAAAAAUGAAAAGGCCGAAUUGGAUCGUGAGUGGCAACAGAUUCAGAAUAUUAUUCACAAGCGUAAAACGAAGGAAGGUGAUGCCGGAGAGAGUGAUGCCAAAAAGUCUAAGCAGUGAGGUAAUUUUCAGAAUGUGCUGGAAAAUUCAAAUAGUCAACUUUUAUUACACAUUUGCAUCCAGUUCUAAUAAAGCUUGCCUAGAGAUUCGAGAAAGAACGGUAUCGUACCACAAUAGGCCAAAAUAA